AUGGCCUCCAAUACAGAUGCGGCCCCGGCCACUUGCAAGGUCAUGCUCUCGAAGCAUGUCGCCAACGGUCUACUAGAGGAGGUUCUCGAGGGCGUCCGGACUUUGGAAAAGCCACCCCACCUUGUGGGUUUUCUGGCCAACAAUGACCCUGCGGCACUCAUGUAUGCCCAGUGGACGGAGAAGACUUGUCAAGAAAACGGAUUCCGUUACUCCCUUCGUGAAGUGUCUCGCGAGGAUCUCGAAGAGGCUAUCCUAGCUGCCAAUGUCGACUCCGACGUUGACGGCAUCAUCGUAUACUAUCCCAUCUUCAACAACCGGCAAGACCAGUACCUGCAGCAGAUCGUCGACGUCUCCAAGGAUGUAGAGGGUCUCAGCCACCGCUAUAUCUUCAACAUGUACCAGAACAUCCGUUUCCUGGACCCCGAGACCAAGCGCCAGAAGUGCAUUUUGCCAUGCACCCCUCUCGCCAUCAUCAAAAUCCUAGAGCACCUCAAGGUCUACAACACGAUAUUGCCCUACGGAAACCGGCUCUUCGGACACACGAUUUGCGUGGUGAACCGGUCUGAGGUCGUGGGUCGUCCUCUUGCGGCACUGUUGGCCAACGACGGUGCCUGCGUUUACAGCGUAGACGUGACCGGUGUCCAGAAGUUCACCCGUGGCGAAGGCAUCAAGAAGGGCCGGCACGAGGUUGUCGACCUUGAGGGCCAGACUCUGAAGGACGUGGCACCGCUGUGUGACGUUGUCAUCUCUGGUGUCCCCGGAGAGUCCUACAAGUUCGAUACUAGCUUGCUCAGAGAGGGUGCCGUGUGUGUCAAUUUCUCCAGUGAGAAGAACUUCGGACCGGAAGUCAAGGAGAGGGCUUCUCUUUUCGUGCCUUCCACCGGAAAGGUUACCAUCGUCGUCCUGCUCAGAAACCUCCUGAGACUCAUCCAGAACCGGAGAUUGGAUGAUGUUAAGCCCGCCCAGGCUACUGAGCGCCCAGGAACCCUGGAAGCUGCCUCAUGA